GAGGGACAAGGGGCGGGACAUAAAAGGAAGUAAAUUUUGUUUGAAGAAACGGCCGAUUCUUCAAAUACUAAAGACUCCUGAUUUAAAAGUGCCAUCAUUACUCGUCCCUGUCUCUCCAACUUAUAAGAGAUAUAAUAUAUAUAUAUAUAUAUACAAAUACAGAGGGAGAGAGAGAGCGCGCGGAGUGAAGAAGACAUAUAGUGGUUGGUUAGAGUGGGUGGUGAGGUUGAAGCGGGAUGAGCAUGAGAAAGGGAAUAUGGAUUUUGCAGAGUGUGAUGGUAGUAGUAAUGGUGGAAUACUAUCUGGUUUUUGCAGGGGUGCAGGCGAUGAUGCAAGAGAAGGCGGAGGCAUCAAUUCCAAUGACAACCUUCUCACCUCCAGAAGGGAAUACAACCUUCCUUGAUGGCACAAAUUGGUGUGUGGCACUUGCGGGGGUGCCCCAAGUUGAUUUGCAGAAUGCGCUGGACUGGGCAUGUGGAUUGGGAAUGGCAGAUUGCGGUCCUAUUCAAUCUGGGGGUGCAUGCUUUGAACCGGAUACGCUUUUAUCGCAUGCCUCUUACGCUUUCAACUACUAUUAUCAACAGAAUGGCAAUUCUGAUAUUGCUUGCAAUUUUGGUGGCACUGCUACUUUAACAAAAUCUAACCCAAGUUAUGGGAAGUGUGUUUAUGCCUCAUCAGAUAUCUUGCAACAGGUCUGUUGGAUCAUCGGCACCUUCAAUGUUGAAGUAUAAAAAACCAAACCUCAAUUGGUGGAAAGUCACCACCACUGCUAUUCUACUUCUUUUAUACUAUUGAGAGAAUCCCCCCCAUGCCCACUAUUACCAUCCAUGGUCUCAGCUCUUCGAACUUACAGUCUUCCAAGGGUGGUCUUAGCUUAGCCUAUGUCUACUGCAACUGUUCUGCAAAGUGGCAACGGGGCUGAAAAAACAAAACCAAAAGCCGAAGGAUUUGGAUUUAGAUUUGGAUUCUGUUUAGAAAAACACAGACACCCAUCGUACGUAUGUACUUUCUAUAAUUGUGUUUUGAGAAGACAUUAUUCGUUGCUUUAAUGUUGGGUUAGGAAUGUAGAGAGAGCUAAGUUUUCUUUCUUUUGUUUAGCUUUCUCCCAAGCUUUUUACUAUUAUUAUUGCUAAAUGUUAUGUUCAGUAGCGGUUUAGGAAUCAAAUGCUUGUUUGCAUUCCUUUUUUCCUUUCUCAAGA